CGGGCCGCUGGGGCCACACCCAGGGCCUGCAGCUCCCGCGCUUUCCGGCGCUCAGCUGGGUCUUGCUGCGUGGACCGGUGGAAGUACGAACGCAUGAAUGAACCUCCCGCCAGGAUGGGAACCCCAGGGCCCCUGGGAGCUGCGCGUUCCACGGACUCCCCCAGCAGCCUGGGGCGCACCGGGUCGUUUCCCCACGAAGUGGGACACGCGGAUCCCCCGGCUCCUAACGCGCCGAGUCCCGCGGCAGCGGGGGAGAGCAGAACCAGGGAUGGCGCCCACCAGGAACGGCCGGCAGGUCCUAGGGCCGGAGACAGUUUGGACUGCGAGUCCUGGGUCAGAGAUAAAGUGCUUUUUCUCCUGCACCCAGAAAGGUGGAUGGGGACUCCCGGGGACUCUCCGCGGGAAGAGGUGCUCGCUGGGGAGGACCUUCCACGGGUGGUCGGAGAUGGCCACCACCAGGACCCCGACUUCCGCCCUCCGUUUCCACGAGAAAAGAGAAUUUCUGGCAGGCGUAUAGCAAUUUCCCCGGGAGCCCCGCCGCGGGACCCUGCGGCCACACCCAAGUCCGUGCUCGUGCGGGUCGUGGAUUACCAGGUAACGCAGGAAGUGCUGUGGACCGCGUGGACGAGGGGCCGCAUGACCACGAGGACCGAGGAGCGCUCCAUGACCGCGGUCACUUUCCGCACCAGUAAGGAGUGAGACUGCCUGCGGGGCGCCGGGAUCCCGGCCAAAACCUGGACUCUCCUGGCGCGCAUGGGGGCACCCUGCGCCCUGCCGCACGCAGACAGGAGUCAAGGUUCCCAAGGAACCAAUUCCCCGAGGAGAUUACACGGGACACCCUGAGCAAUGCUCCGGUCUGGUGGAUACGCGACCGUAGUUUAGAAAAUCCUAUUCCAGAACCCAACAUGCCAUUAACCGACGGGAAAGACCUGGGAGAGGCUGGCGGAGCGCACUGGGAAGGCAGAUGGCGCCCAAGACUGCGUAAAUAACUGCUUUCCUGAUCUAAGCAGAACCCUGUCGUAUGAGGAACCAGAGGAAACUUUACCCAUUUACAAGUGUCCUGGGAGUACAUACAAAGUGAAACUUGUGCAUCUUCAAUACCAACAAAUCUGUGAAAAUGGCCAGGUUCUGGCUCUUUGAUCUUACCUCCAAGUCACCAAAAAUUAUGAUCAUCUACAACUGUAUUAGGUGGGUGAACCACAUCAAAGAUGUCCAGAACCCACCAGGCCGCUUGAAUGACCCCUCAGACAGAUAUCACAGAGUUGCGUAACCACCAUGGAUCAGGCAAGUGUUGACCUCUCUUAAAACUUUGUCCACGGGGCCAGCGCUGUGGCGCAGCAGGUUAAAGCCCUGGCCUGAAGCAUCAGCAUCCCAUAUGCGCACCGGUUCGAGUCCCAGCUGCUCCUCUUCCAAUCCAGUUGUCUGCAAUGGCCUGGGAUAGCAGUAGAGGAUGGCCCAAGUCCUUAGGCCCCUGCACCCAUGUGGGAGACCUGGAAGAAGCUCCUGGCUCUGGCCAUUGUGGCCAUCUGGGGAGUGAACCAGCGGAUGAAAGACCUCUCUCUGUCUCUACCUCUCUGUAACUCUUUCAAAUAAAUAAAAAUAAAUAUUAAAAAAACUUUGUCCAGAAGCUUUAUUACCUUUGAGAUUCAUUACUUUUGACUUCUGCUCUUGUUCUUAUUGGACAUUACCAGUACUUCUUGCUAAAAUUCAUUGUGGAUCUUUGCUUUUAGAAAAAAAGAGGAAAGAAGGGAAAGCAUUCUAUUAAAUGAAAAAGUUCACUCACUGCAGAUAAUAUGAAGAAAUAUUAUUCUGUGAGGAAAAGUAGAAUAAAGGAGAACAAAAACUCACCCAUGAUCCCAAAUUUCUUUUAAUAUUUGGCAUGUUGGCAGUCUGUUUUUUGUUUCCGUUUUUAUAUAUAUACAUACAUAUAUACAUGCAUUUUAUAAACAUCAGCUGUAUAAAAAUAGUCUUAUUGUAACCUUUAUGUAUUUUGUGAAUAUUGACUUUAUAUAACAUGCUGUUGCUACUCAAAGUGUGAUCUGUGAGCUAGCACCUGGGCAUCUGCAGGAUUUUUUUUUUUUUUUUUUUUUUUAUGUAGAAUUUCAAUCCACUCCCAGAUCUACUGAAUCAGAAUUUUCAUUUUGACAAGAUCUUUGGGUGAUUCAUUUUCAAC